GCGAUUACGUCAUCACCGAAAAUUCGGUGUCCGACGGCCGAGUCACUUUAAAUGCUUCGAAGAAGUAACUGCCCCGUCCACAACUACAAGCCACUAGGGGUUCCUGUCGAGAAAUCAAAAGCAAAACAUUACAAUCCUAGGUGCCAAGCGCUCGCUGCAGUUACUCGCCGAUGCGGCUUUUCCUGUAUACUUUUGUCUCCGAAAUUGAGCAUGUCCAUGUACAAAGCUAGGUUAGAAAAGUUCGAAGAAGUUUUGAAAGCACCAGAAGUCAACUUCACUCAGCUCAAAAGCCUGUGCUUUCAAGGUAUACCAGAUCAUGACAACUAUCGUCCCAUGUGCUGGCGUCUCUUGUUGGGGUACCUUCCUGCGAAUACAUCAGAAUGGCCAGAAACCCUCAGAAGACAAAGGAAUGUGUACGAGCGUUUUAUAGAAGAGAUGAUAAUCUGCUCUGGGAGUGGCAGUCCAGAGGGACCACAAGAUGAUCAUCCUUUGAACCCAAAUCCUGACAGCCGCUGGCAGACUUUCUUCAAAGAUAAUGACGUUCUCCUCCAAAUUGAUAAGGAUGUCAGACGACUGUGUCCAGAUAUUUGCUUCUUCCAGCGACAGACUGAAUAUCCCUGCAUGACCAUUAUGAACAAUCCUCAGGUGGAAACGCUGCGGAAACGUGUAGAAAGAACGGCACUCAACUCUGCAAAUGUGACUAGGAAUAGGAGUGGCAUCACAAAUAUAUCACUGUACGUAAAACAAUCUAACGAGCAUUACGAACGACUGCCUGAUGGACAAGAAGCUCACUGGGAGGUUGUAGAGAGAAUUCUGUUUCUCUAUGCGAAGCUCAACCCAGGUGUUGGUUAUGUUCAGGGAAUGAAUGAAAUCAUUGGACCCAUCUACUAUACUUUUGCUGCGGACCCAAAUCCAGAGUGGAAGCGGUAUGCAGAGGCUGACUGCUUCUUCUGUUUCACGAGCCUCAUGUCCGAGAUUCGGGACUUCUUCUUGAAGACGCUGGACGACUCGGCGUCGGGCAUUGGCGCCAUGAUGCACCAGCUCAUGUGCCUUUUGCAGACGGAAGAUUUCGACGUGUACUCCCGGCUUCAAACGCAGGAAGUGCGGCCGCAGUACUACAGCUUCCGCUGGAUAACGCUGCUCUUGUCACAGGAAUUUCCGUUACCAGAUGUCAUCCGAAUAUGGGAUUCGCUGCUAUCUGACAGCAACAGGUUUUCCUUCCUUAUAUUUAUAUGCUGCGCUAUGAUUGUGAAAGUUCGAGACCAGCUCCUUCAAGGGGACUUUCCAUCCAACAUGAAGCUUUUGCAGAACUUCCCGGAAACAGACAUAAACGACCUGUUAAAGGACGCCCUCACGAUCAUGGAAAACAAUAGGCAUCGUUCAAUAUUCUUCGGAAAAGGGUUGAAGUGAUAAUUUUCGGAAUUACGCAGGAGGAAAAGGCAAUACCUUUGCAUACACUUCACCGCCAGUUUAGGUGUAAUGCUCAUGAAUGCAACGCAUACGUGUGAUAGACAUGCAACAUAUACCCAUUGUUCUCUUUCGUUAAUUAUCGCGAAUGCAUUACCCCGGUGGUGACAGUUUUUUUCGACAUAGUAGGCUCACGUAGCAGAGCAUCCACCCGUUACUAUUUAUGAUUGUGAUUACAAUAGCUGAUAAAUAUAUUUUGUUUUUAUAAAAAUAAUUUAUUUUGUGGGGUGGUACAGAAUUCCAAGCAGAUAUUUUUGUAAUCAACAGACUUCUACACUGUUGCCAUUGCUGUUCCGUUUUGCUGGUACAUCGUAGAAGUGUGUCAGCGACAACAACGGCAUCAUUCCACGGUGAUCUGGUUAAUUAAAAUACUCACGAUGUGUUGGCUUUGUUGUGAGAACUGCAGCUCUCUAAACGAACUAGUGUUGGCCACGUGGCUAAAAGGUGUAGGGCACUGUAGGGCUGAAUCUGAUUCUUCUGACUACACCUUCAACAUUGUUCAAAUUGUGCCAGUGAUAACUUGUUUGAUCUAAUACGGUUCUGAUCAAUGAAUAAUAAAGGUACAUAUCAAGA